AUGGAUGAGGCAACAGAGCUGGAGCUGGGGGGCAAUUCCCUCCUGAAGGCCGUGUGGCUCGGCCGGCUCCGCCUGACCCGGCUGCUGCUGGAGGGGGGAGCUUACAUCAAUGAGAGCAACGAGAAGGGGGAGACUGCCCUGAUGGUGGCCUGCAUCACCACGCAUGUCGACCAGCAGAGCAUCCACAAGGCCAAGAUGGUGAAGUACCUGCUGGACAACAGAGCUGACCCCAACAUCCAGGACAAGUCUGGGAAAACAGCUCUCAUGCAUGCCUGCAUCCACGGGGCUGGGGGGGAUGUGGUGUCCCUGCUGCUGAAGAGCGGGGCAGAUCCCAGCCUGGAGGACCACUCGGGAGCCUCAGCGCUGGUCCAUGCCAUCAAUGCAGACGACAGAGCUGUGCUGCAGCACCUCCUGAAUGCCUGCAGGGCCAAGGGGAAGGAGGUUAUCAUCAUCACCAUGGACACGUCAGCCUCCGGCACCAAGACCACCAAGCAGUACCUGAACAUUCCCCCUGCACUGGAGUUCAAGGAGAGGGGUCCCCCCGAGGCCGACACAGCCCCCUCUAGUGCCCACCCAAAAACUCCUGCCUUGGCAUCUUCCCCUGCCGAGAAGGAGAGCACCCCACAACCCUCACACCCCGGGGACACCGAGCCACUCUCCCCAGCCCAGAGAGCUGGCACUGCCCGGAGAGCCCACCUUCCCCGGCUGAAGCGGCUGCAGUCGGAGCCAUGGGGGCUGAUAGCACCCUCAGUGCUGGCAGCCUCCAUGCACCGCGACAACACGCGAGUCUGCACUGACGACGAGGUCACCAUGGGCAUCGGCGACCUCUCACUGUCCAAAAAAUCCCCCCUUACCCGGAGCGGCAGCAGCAAGGGCAGGGACCCCGCUCUCUUCCCUCCGGUGGAUGAGCAGGCCCUGGGGCCGCUGGCGUGGAAAGCUGCCCACGAGAAGAGCCCGGCCGCCCCCCCGC